ACCCCGCCGGACGGCGUGUUGCCCGGUUUCAAUCGUUGCGUGUCCGUCGCCGACUUAAGUCGGGUAUUGUUGGUGUGGAGUCUGAUAAGGCGGAACUUGUUUGGAUUGUGCCGGUUUUGUCGCGCAGAUUUGCGGGAGUCGACAACCAGACUCAAACUAGUCAUUGUGUCCAGUGAGGCGGGAAUUGCCCCAAAAAGUACCGUGGCCAGUUGAGGGUUAUCGGGGCGAGUAUAAGCAACUCUGGAACACACAAGAGAAACCGCUUUAGUAGUGAGCUAACCGGCGUCGAGAGAGGGUGUUGUAGUGUCUCGAUGAGAUUACGCGAACGGAUCAAGUCGCGAGCGAAAUCAGUGCUUAGAAGUUUGCAUGCGUGUACGUCGUCGGACGGAGCAGCCAAGAUGGACCAGGACCAGAAGAAUACCUUUGUGGACAAACGGAAGCCGCAGCCGUUGCUGGUGACGGCACUGAACGUGGCGCACAAGUUUCUGGUGCUGAUUACGCGGUGGUUCCUGCGAACAAUCUACGGCGAGCAUGGCCAGAAGGUGCCGCCGAUUCGGAAUCUGAUCCUGAUGGAGUCGGCGACGUCGCUGGCGACCAAGAUUCGCACCAAGAAGCUAACCAGCGUCGAAGUGAUGGAGGCGUUCAUCGAGCGCGGCAAGGAGGUAAACCCCCAGCUGAACUGCAUCGUCGACCAGUGCUACGAGUCGGCCCUGAAGGACGCGGCCAAGGCGGACGCGCUGGUCGCCUCGGGGACGCUCACCGAGGAGCAGCUGGCCACGGAGAAGCCCUUCCUGGGCGUGCCCAUUUCGACCAAAGACUGCAUUAGGGUUAAGGAUCUGUUGCACACCGCCGGAAUCUGGAAGCGGCGUGCGAUCCGAGGCGAGAAAGAUGCGCGCGCAAUGGAACUCAUGCGGAAGGCCGGCGCAAUUCCGUUCGCGCUGACCAACGUGUCCGAGUGCUGCAUGUGGUGGGAAAGCGUCAACACGAUCCACGGCCGAUCGUGCAACCCGUACGACACGAACCGUAUCGUGGGCGGUUCCAGCGGAGGCGAGGGUGCCAUCCAGGCCGCCGCCGCCUCACCCUUUGGGCUGGGCUCGGACAUCGGAGGCUCGAUUCGUAUGCCGGCGUUCUUCAACGGAAUCUUUGGCCACAAACCGUCGCGCAAUAUCGUGUCGAACGACGGACAGUAUCCGGAAGCGGUCAGCGAGGAGCAGGACAUGUUUUUGGGAAUUGGUCCAAUGUGUCGUUACGCUACCGACUUGAAGCCCAUGCUGAAGAUCAUCACGGACGAGAAGGCAAAAAUGCUUCGGUUGGACGAUCCGGUCGACCUGAAGCAGGUCAAGUUCUUCUACCAGCUGAACGACGGUGGUGGCAGUCUGGUGUCCCCGGUGGACCAUGACAUCCGGGACGCGAUGGAGAAGGCCAUGGCCCACUUCCGGACCACGGUGAAGGCGGACGUCCGUAAGGUUUAUCUGGACAAAAUGAGAAAGUCUGCGCCGAUCUGGUUCGGCAACAUGAAGCACAAGGAGGAGCUCGCUUUCGAGCAACAGCUGGACAACUUGGAGGGACGGAUCAACCCGUACACGGAACUGCUCAAGUGGUUCGUCGGACAGUCGAAUCACACAUUUGUGGGCAUCAUGACCGCCAUUACGGAGCGGGGUGGAGUUCAGUACGGAACGGAUUUGUACCACGCGAUGGUUCGACAGCGGGACGAACUGCUGGCCGAGUUCAAGGCGAUGCUCGGAGACAACGGAGUGUUUAUCUACCCGACACAUCCGACGGUGGCGCCGUAUCACAACGAGCCGAUCGUGAGGGCGUUGAACUUUAGCUAUACCGCUAUAAUCAACGUUCUGGGACUGCCAUCGACGGCGGUUCCGCUGGGGCUGGGCCGGGAAGGGCUGCCGAUUGGAUUGCAGGUCGUUGGUAACGUCAACCAGGACCGACUCUGUUUGGCCGUAGCGUGUGAACUGGAGCGCGCCUUCGGAGGUUGGGUAGCGCCGGAAGUAUUGGCUUGAAGGGAUAGUUGCAGCGAAAACAAACUAUCGACUAUAAUAUUGCCUCUGUGUGUAGUCGGAACAGCAUUUGAAUACUACAUAUAUUUGUUAUCGUGACGUAUUUUAAGAAAUAUACAUGGUUUUUAGACGUUUAGGAA